GUCAGCCUUGCCUACCCAUCUCCUUAUGAGCACCCAAGGGGGUGUGAUAGAGUAUUACAACCCUCCCCACGGCAGCCUGUUGGGUAACAAUGCACCUCCUUUAAUUAUGCCUGGGCUUUUCCCCCUACCCACUCGGCUGCUGCCUCCUCUGCUCUGUCACUGCUAGAGGAAUGCUGCUGAUUCCAGGGAUCCCUAAUGGGUCUUAGUGCUCCCCAGGAGGAGGGGUUAAGGUGCUGCUGGAUUUAAUACAAGCUGGUACUUUGCAUAUCAGCCUCAGGAGGAGAAUAGGAGAGUCCUGUAGAUGGGAUUUCAUGUUGAAGUUAAAUCUGUGCGGUGUGACUGGGACCUCCUCUAAUUCCACAUUAUCAGCCUCUCUAGCACACCAAGUUGUGAGUGACUGGGGCUAUGCUAUGCUUGUGAGGCCAAAGCCUUGCUCAGGACUAUGGACCCCCGGUGACCUGUGCUGAAUGCUGGAUUCUGACCCCGGACAUGUUGCUCCGUGCAUGGGACAGAUAGGAGCUGGAUGCACCAUGCCUGGAUUGGAGCAGUGUCUCAGUCCACCACCAUGUUUGGUGUGUAACUGGAGAUUUGUGGGGAGCCAACCGUGACCUGUUUAUGGGCUUUGGCAGGGGGGGAGCUGUGGGACUAAGUGUUUGUCCCUGCUUGGGCUGCUGUAUGGGAUCUCCAACCUGUUGGGGCUGAAGUGCCUGCACCCUUCCCCUCUGUGGCAGACAAGCUAAUAGCCGUGGGACAUUGUUUUGAUUGGACACAUGACAGCUCCACAGCUGUGGGAAACUCCAGUACUGGGGAAAUGGCAAUCAGCCGGGAUUGUUAAAGGUGUAGCUUGCUUCUCCUGGGAGCAAUCACUUGUCUCCUUUUUUUUUGUACUGUGAAAAAACUGCUUGAUAAAUUGCUUGUCACUGAUUUCCCUCUUUGCUGCCCCGGAGGGGUGCACCUAAAGUCACCAUCGGAUCCCCUGGACUUUAGGUAGGGGGGUUGGGAGGUGCCAGUGGGAGACAUGGCUGCGGCAAUUGCAAGCUCACUGAUCCGACAGAAGAGACAGGCGAGGGAGUCUAACAGUGAAAGGGUCUGUACGUCCAAGCGACGGACCAGCCCGAGCAAGGACGGGCGCUCCCUGUGUGAGAGGCAUGUGCUGGGGGUCUUCAGUAAAGUGAGGUUCUGCAGCGGCAGGAAGAGGCCGGUGAGGAAAAAAACAGAACCCCAGCUGAAAGGAAUUGUGACAAGGUUAUUCAGCCAGCAGGGAUACUUCCUGCAGAUGCACCCAGAUGGCACUAUCGAUGGAACAAAGGAUGAAAACAGCGACUACACUCUUUUUAAUCUAAUCCCCGUGGGUCUUCGUGUGGUUGCAAUGCAAGGAGUAAAGGCUGGACUCUAUGCGGCGAUGAAUGGCGAAGGCUUUCUCUUCAGCUCAGAUACUUUUACCCCUGAGUGCAAAUUUAAGGAGUCCGUGUUUGAAAAUUACUAUGUCAUCUAUUCUUCCACACUGUAUCGGCAGCAGGAAUCUGGCCGCCAAUGGUUCCUUGGGCUCAGUAAAGAAGGUCAGAUUAUGAAAGGAAAUCGUGUGAAAAAGACCAAACCAGCAUCACAUUUUGUACCAAAACCUAUAGAAGUAUGCAUGUACAGAGAGCCAUCAUUGCAUGAAAUUGGAGAGAAGCAAGGACGUUCAAGAAAAAGUUCAGGGACACCAACCAUGAAUGGUGGCAAAGUUGUUAACCAAGAAUCAACAUAGCCAAUAUCUAGCCUUGGCCAGACAGUGAAGACACCGGAAAAUCAGAAAUUACAUGUAUAAACUGACAAGACAGGUUCUGUUGACCACAUUUUUUGAACUCCAAUCUUUUCUUCUUUGGAUAGGACAAAGGAAUGAAAAUGAUAUUGCCUGUGCAAAUUUUAAACCAAACAGAUAAAAAGAAAAUUUAUUGAAUCCGGACACCAUUUACAUUUUAUGUAAAUUUUGCUUUGUGAUCGCAUAAGUUCCCAUCUCUGCAUAAAAAAAAAAACAAUAAAGAUGUUACCUUUAAAAGAAAAAUAAAUGUGCUGGCGAUAUAAAUCUUUAGAAACAGCCAGCUUGAGAAAUCGACUAGUGGGACAUUUUCUUUUGUUAAAUACCUGUGUCAAUGAAGCAUUUAUUUUCCUUUCCCCCUAAGAAAAAGUGAUUUGUAGGAUAUUCAUGUUAGAAUGAUGUAUGUUUUAUUCGUUGAAUACAUUUAUGGAUUUCAGAGUGUAAGUUUAGCCAUCUAAAUAAGCACAAGGAUCAAGCCACCAUAUACACUAAGCUAAGGAAAUACAAGUGUAAGUUAUGCACCAGCUGUAGUUUACUUUGGAAAGCAGCUCCCACAUCGAACUAACUUUCAGAAGGAAGAAUGCAAGCAAACACAUUGGACAUGUUUAGAAAAUUCUGAUUGGUGAACCUUGUUACACCUUGUGUACCUCACGAGGGUGUGUCCUUAGUGCAAAGAAGUAACUAUCUGGCUUUGAUGACUAUUAACUGCAGAUGAAAGGCCCUUAAAUCAGCUAUAGAAUUAUAUUAAAUAUACCGUAUGUGCAUACACAUUCAGGUUAACUUGUAGCUUAUUCAGCUUAUUCAGCUGAAUAGUGAACCUGGUCAUGGAUGUGGCUGCGGAUGUUGAACCAGAGCAAGAUACGAGGCAAGCACUCCACAAAGUAUAAAAUUGUACAGAAAGUGCAUUAUACAGUAUGUACAACAUUUUCAGGGGUGCUGCUGUCUACUUUCCCUGGGUAAAGUCUACAAGCAGAAUUAUAACAAUAUUCCUAAAAAUAAGGAAGAGAGGCCACAUCCCCAUGAAAAGUUGUGGAAAGUGGAACAAUGUCUGAGAUUAUUUUUUUGAAUUACUUAUAGUUAUAGUAGAUAUACCAUGACCUGGAUGCAUGAAAAUCUUCAUAGUCAUUUUACUUUGUUCUCAUGCUAGCCUUGUUUCUUGCCCUUGAGUUUGCAAAGUGGCCAGACUGUAGAAGUUUGGAGCUCUGAAGUUUCAAAUGAAUCCCUUUGGCAAGUGAUGGGAAAGGACUUUAUUUGUAUUGAACCCGAGGCACUUGAUAAGCUACAACUUCCAGGAUGUGCAGGCUUGACUUCAUAAUAGACAUACACAUCUAUUAAUGGAGGGUCCUUGCUUAUGCACAUAAGAAUUAUUCCUUUAAUGUGUGUUUUUAUUACAUUCAGCUGUAUGGCCUGACAUUUUCUGUAGCAGAGGCUUGUUCCUCAGUGUGCACUAGGAAGCCACUCUGUUUUCCACUGUGUAUCUAUUUGCUUUACAAUUACAGCAGAAUACUUGCUCUUCCUCUGACUUUCAUCAUUUUUUAAUGGCACAGCGAAUAAAGCAGACAAAGGGGAUAUUACUCUAUAUAUACACACAGUGAACACCUACAUAGAAUGGGAGAUGUUCCAUUUCUGGCAUUUCUUCUUCUUAUUCACACUGCAUUACUGGGAAGUAAAUACACAUUUAUUCUAUUUUUUACUUUAACUACUUUGUAUCAUUAGACAAUUUUAUUCUUAUGCACUGGUGACUCAAUGAGAUUUAAAUAAAGUAUACGGAUAACCAAUGGGCUUUAUAUUCUGUUGCCUCCUAUACAACCUGAUACUGAUAGGCAUCGGUUGUACAACGGACUAAUUUAGUGGUCUGUAACAAUGUAGGGCAGAUGUUGAAAUAUGUUUUUCAUAAUUAUUUUUGCAGUGUACUAUAGUUGAAAUGAUUGCCUGGGUGAUCACCAGUAACAUUCAUGCACUCUAUGCAUCUAUCUUCGUGCAGUUUCUAAAGAAAAUCAGCGUUGCGAGUCUUUAGAAGAGCUGCAAUAAGAUAAGUUAAAAAGGACUGAGCUACUGUGUAUGUGUGUGUGUGAUACAGUAGCUUAAUGAGGAGAACGUCUGUUCUUGUUUUCAUUUCCACUAACAAUAAAAAGCCAUUAUAAAUUAUCCCAAAAUUUAAAAUAGGUAGGUUGUCUUGACACCUUUUAUUUCAAGGUAUUUAGUAAGUCAUCUCACAAAAGUGCAGUUCCACAAUAAUUCAAUGUGCCUUUCUACUUAAUAUAAUGGAGGAAAUUGAAUUUACUAGUGGUUGUAUAUACCUGGUCCACA